UGUAAGAGUAGAAGCCCCAAAAGGUGAAUUAGGGAUUUAUCUAGUAGGAGAUGAUAGCCUUUUCCCCUGGAGAUGGAAAAUCCGUCCACCGGGGUUUAUUAAUUUGCAAAUUCUUCCUCGGCUAGUUAAAAAAAUGAAAUUGGCUGAUAUCAUGACGAUAUUAGGUAGUAUAGAUAUCAUUAUGGGGGAAGUUGAUCGUUGAAAUGAUAAUAGAUAGGGUAGAGGUAGAAACUAUCAAUUCAUUUUCGAAAUUAGAAUUAUUAAAAGAAGUCUAUGGACUGAUAUCGAUUCUACCCAUUUUGACCCUCCUUUUGGGAAUAACAAUAGAGGUACUCAUAAUUGUGUGGUUAGAAAGAGAAAUAUCUACGUCGAUACAACAACGUAUUGGUCCUGAAUAUGCUGGCCCCCUGGGCCUGCUUCAAGCUAUAGUAGAUGGGACUAAGCUACUUUUUAAAGAAGAUAUUCUGCCAUCCCGAGGAGAUAUUUCUUUAUUUAGCAUUGGACCCUCUAUAGCAGUCAUAUCAAUUUUAUUAAGUUUUUUAGUUAUCCCUUUGGGAUAUCAUUUUGUUUUAGCCGAUCUUAGUAUUGGUGUUUUUUUAUGGAUUGCCAUUUCAAGUAUAGCUCCUAUUGGUCUUCUUAUGGCAGGAUAUAGCUCAAAUAAUAAAUAUUCUUUUUCAGGCGGUCUACGAGCUGCUGCUCAAUCCAUUAGUUAUGAAAUACCAUUAACUUUUUGUGUGCUAGCAAUAUCUCUAUGUGUGAUUCCUUAAAAUAGAUCUUUUUCCUAUAAAAUCCAUUAACUAUUUAUAUUCCUUUUCUUAUUUAGUAUUUGGGUUGGUAAGUUAAACUAGAUAGCUAUAUGAAUGAAACAAAACAGCUUAUAAAUUUGUAGUAAAAAGAAAAAAUAUCAUUUCCUACGUACAAGAAAAAAGUGGAAGUAAACAUAAGCAGUGUAAACUCUUUAUCCCAAGGUUGAUAUUUCUUAAUUAGUCAUCAUAUCUUGA